UCCGGGCAAUUUAUCGCUUCUCUCUGACCAAGAUGGCGUCUUCAGCAAGCACAGGUGUAACGGCGGCUUCUGUCGGCCCCCAAAACCAGACAAUUGGACAGAAAUUCAGAGAUUUUGGCACGUUUAUGUACAACAGUGAGGAGCACACGGUGCUUGGAAGAACAGCCAAAAGUUGGGGUCAGAUCACCCUUUUCUACGCCAUCUACUAUGCAUGUCUGUCUGGGUUCUUUAUUGCCUUGAUCGCUGUGUUCUAUCAGACCCUGGACUGGAACUUCCCCAAGCUAUCCGGUCCCGAUAGCUUGUUGAGACAGAACCCAGGUAUGGGAUUCCGUCCAAUUCCUGAUGUAACAACGACACUUGUACGAUUUGUGAAAGGUGACCCGACCUCUUACAGUCCGUAUACUGACCACAUGGAGGCCUACCUCUCCUACUAUGAGAAUGAGAACCAAGUGACUGACACCGGAGUGAUUGUGGAUUGUGAUGCCAUCAAUGGCCGUCGUCCCGAGUCGGAGUGGGACAAGGCCUGCCGAUUUGAUCUCACCCAAAAUCUCGGAGCUGACUGUGUCAAGCAACAAGCCUUUGGGUUUGAUGACGGAUUGCCUUGUAUUCUUGUCAAACUCAAUAGGAUCUUUGACUGGAUGCCCCAGAUGUAUGUGAACGGAAGUGGUAGCGGUAUUCCAUCAGAAAUUGCUGACAUGUACCAGAACUACUAUGUCACAGUCAAGUGUACAGGAGAGAAUCCAGCUGACCAGGAUAACAUUGGACCCAUCACUUACUACCCGGCUGGUGGUUUCCACUACAAGUACUUCCCAUUCCGCAACCAGCAGGGCUACCGGUCUCCCCUAGUCUUUGUCAGGUUUGAGCGCCCAACCCCCGGAGUUCUCAUCAUGGUGGAGUGCAGAGCCUAUGCUGCCAACAUUCAGUAUGACCGUCUGGAACAUGCCGGCAGUGUGCAUUUUGAGCUGAUGGUUGAUUAACCUUGCAUAUUUAGCUAGUUCUUUUAUGAAAAUUACGUUUUUUGGGGGAUGGAAUUAUAGGAGAAAAACAUUUUGUUAAAUAUCUUUCUGAGGGAGGGGAAAGGCUCAGCUAUUUGAAAUUAUAUUUAGAUAAAUGAAACCAAAUUUCUGUUGGGGGAAAAAAAUGUGAAUAGCAAAUCAAAAAUGUUUUAAAAAAAUGUAGCAAAUACAUAAACCUGUACAGAUUUGCUUUUUGUCAGAAUCUUUCUUUUGUUUUAUAUGUCAAGUUUAUGUCUGCUAUGACCCAAAGAAAUAAAUAAAUUCCAUGGAAUCGGGUAUCUUCUACAAAAAGGCAUCUAACAAAGUAAGCAGUAGGUUAGUGACCAGGUGCCUGGAUAUUCUGACACUUAGGAUCAAGAUCUGAAGUUUGGUUAGCCUUUUCUUGCAAAUUUUGAGCAAGAUGGUUUGAAGAAAGUGUAUUUGAUUUUUUAACUGAUUAUUUUUUCUGGUUGUCGAAGCAUUUUGUCAUUUAUUUCUCAGCUUUCCAAAGAUUUUUUUUUUACUUUUCCAUACUUUUCCUCAUUUUUUCUGUAUCUAGCAUUUCAUAUGUAGUUGUUUGUAAAUGAAACAAAAGAAAAGGAGAUGGUGGAUUUAACCUUGAUUGAUGUUCUUGAUAAACAAACAGGAAAAAAACCCACAAAAAAAUGUAACCAGCCAUUGAGUAAUACUCAGGGGUGACUUUGGAAAAACAUGUCAUUUCAUCAGGAUGGAAUGGAAGGUGCAAUAUGUGAUACAAUACUAUAACGCUUCAGAAAUAUUUAAUGGGGGGUUUCAUAAUCAGAUAUGUAAGAUCUAUUGCGAAUUAAGCUCAAAACAGACUACUCCAUUUAAGCAAAUCAGAAUUUGUUCACAGACGCCGUUUUGUUACAAAGAUCACUUAUGCAAUUUCAAGUGGGAAGUCACUUUGUUUUGUUUUGUACAUUCCUUUUAAAAAACCUGUUUUUUAACAGUUAUAUCUAUCCAGAUUUGUGUACAGAACUAGUGAUGUAGUAUGUUGAUGUUGCCAUUGUGAAAAUGAUGUGUCCAGAUGUUUUUGUAUACGAUGAAAAGACGUUUUUAAAUCUUAAAUAUUGUUGUUAUAGAUACAAUGUAUUGUUGCUUUGUGUGUAGUGUACAUGAAAUUUUAUUACAAAAUGUUUUUACCAAUACACAAGGAGGCUAUAUCCUGUUCCGAAGUUGUUGAUUUCCAAGGACCAUCUUCAUUUGCUUUGGAACCCUCUAGACGCAACUUUUAUUUUUGAAACUUUGACGGUUUUUAAACUGUAUGAUGUUCAUUUGUUAUUUCCUGAGAGAGAUAAGUGCCAUCUAUAUUAAAAUGACCAAACGAUUUGUAAUACCUACAAAAUAAUUAACGAAACACUGUAGGCAUAAAAACCAUUGUUCAUUACUGUGCAGCUUUCGCUUAUAUAUAGUGAUACUACAAGCAUGAUUGUGAUGCAGAAGAGGAAUCAUGAGUGAUGAAUAUGAAAUGUUGUUUUUAAACGUAAUAAUUCAACGGUGACCUUCUUUUUGUAAAUACGUGAAUGCAUGACAGUAUGUGAAUGCAUUAAUAUUAGAAUGUAGGUUACUUAUUCGACUUUUUCUCAACCAUUCUACUUGUACCAAAUGCUUUUAAUGUAAAUUCAGCAUAAUUAUUAUACAUAGCAAUACUGCACGGAUGUAAGCGGGUAAAACUGGAACCAAAACAAAAUUCCUUGUCAUCUCGCCCUGUGGCAAACGUUCACUUUCUCUACUGAUGAACUUCGCGUUUGAGUGUAACUAUUAUUUACUUCUGGAAGCGCUGUGCGAUGAAAGAACGGUUUUGUGUUGCUUCCAGUUUCUUAGAAGAAGAAAAGUUUCUCACUGUUAGGAAUGUUUUGAAUAUGAGUGAAUUGUGAGCAUGUGGACUUUCAGUGACUGCUAUGCCACAGGCUUCAGGUAAAUUGUAAAAACAUCAGUGGGAAAGUUUUUUAUUGACAUCUCUUACACCCAAACCCAUUUCCAUUGUUUAUACAUAUCAUUUAUCAUUACGUCACUAAAUCUAAUAUACUACACAGGUGAAUGCUCUGAAACCUAAGUUCCUAUGUAUUCAUGGAAAUGGUUGUGGAAACAAAUCGUGUAUUCUAACAAAUUAAACACAUUUUGAAUUCUUACUCUUGUUAAAAUAAAAAUGAAAUGAUUUUAAAGUUGGAAACUGGAUGUAAUAAAAAAAUUGUUGAAAACAUUUGUAAUUAAAAUUUUGGUCCUGUUUCCUGACACCAGUUUUCAACCCUGUUGACUUGCUGGCAUUUCUACUUUUAAUCAAGAUGUAGCACUGAAGAAGUUCAUAGAAAUAAACUUUAUUUGGUACAUGAAA